AUGACAUUGGAGAAGGCUGAUAUUGGGUCAGAUAUGUCGAACGCAUGUGGUAUCCUGUGCCUCGGUCCUCUGACGUUCCAUCAAAGCGCCGUUGGAGACAAGGUCCACCUUAGUCAGGGGUAUCGGCAUGCAAAGAGGGAUAAAAACACCUUCAAAAAUGGCUUGGUGUUCAGCAGUCGCCCCGUGAGGGCCCAGGAGCGGAUUCGACUUCGGAUUGAAGCCGAAGCCCCCAAAUGGAACGGAGCAAUGCGAGUGGGCUUCACCAAUGUUUCUCCCGAUUCCCGUUCUCUGCCCCUGCCAGAUUUCGCUAUCCCAAACCUCACCAACACCUCUGGACACUGGGCUGCUCGUGUUUCUGAGGCCCUCUGCAAGACAGGAUCUGAGCUGAUAUUCUGGGUGUCGAGAUCAGGCAGUAUUUAUGUCGCGGACCAGUAUGGCUGCAAGAAAAAGCUCUUAAAAGGAGUGAUCCUCAAAAAGCCUCUGUGGGCCAUGAUUGAUAUUUAUGGAAAGACAUGCUCCAUUCUCCUUUUGGGUUCUAAGAAGCGCGGAUUUUUAUCAACCAGGAGGUCAUGUGAGACUUCCCCCAUGCUUUAUGCUGACACAGAUUCCGUAAUAUCUCCCCUUCUCAACCCGACAAAAGAUGGAGAAGAAAGGACGACCUGUGUGGCGUGUAUGAACCGGCAAGCCAACGUCUUUCUGCCUUGUGGCCACCGCUGUUUGUGUCAAAAGUGUUUGGUCCGUGUCAUUGAGAACUUUGAUACUUGCCCCUUGUGCAGAUGCAGCAUUACGGGGCAAUCGACGGGAUGGAGAUUGAUUCUUGACCACUGA